AUGCGCUUCUCUACUCUCUUCAACAUUGCCCGCCUCGCCUUCUUCGCAGUGCCGUCGGCUGCUUCAAUGCUCGAAGUCUUCCAUGGCACCUCUUGCGAAGACGAACCAAACGGAGCCCUGACGCAAAUGCUAUACGCGAGCCAUGUUGGGUACAGCUUCUGUUCCUUUGCCUACAGUUAUGGCUCGAGCAUAGUCGUCCGCUCUGGCGAAGAACCAGACAAUCCAGAUUGGCCAUACUGUGAAUGGAAGUUCUACAGUGAUGACUCCUGCCAGGUCCCUGUCGCAACGAUGAAUCCCGAGGGCCACAACUGUGCUUGCACCGUCCUCCCCGCGUUCCGAUCCUAUGAACUCGACUGCCUCCGCCUAUCAGGGGAUCGAAGAAGACGAGUGCGAGCUCGACAACGUAACACGGUCCCACGAACCAUCGACGCCGGCCAGGGAUACACGCUCAAAGAACGCAACUUGACUGAGCCAACAAUGGAUGCAAAGAACAUCAGUUUCCCACCUGCGCAGUAUUGGGGGGGCACCUGUGACCGGCCCGUGCCUACGUUCCGAACCAACCUGUCGUUUACCAGCGCCUCACAGGUUCGCAACAUGGCCAGUAUCAUGGUUGACAGGUUUGAAGUGAUCGAGCCGGGAGAUCCAGGAUUUGUUGGCAACAUCUUUCACGCAGCGCACCAGCACCUGCACCCCAUAUUUACGCAACUGGAGAGACUCUGGAAAUUUGACAGGGUGGUGACCGCUAGUGGUCCCCUACAUGUUACGAUGGAGUUUACAAUCAUCUCGGCGCCUGGAUAUGCUCUCGGGACAGUCAUUGAAGCAAUCAAUCCCGAGCGGAUGCCGCGGAUACUCUACGUGCUGUAUUAUACAAUGCGCAGGCACAGUAUGAAGGCUGUGAAAUUUCGGCUCAGUAGCAUAAAUGAAGGUGAAGCCACUCCUAUCACGACAAUGGUUGUUCGUGUUUUGGGUUCCGUCGAUGUAUAG